GUGAACAGGCACUGAGAGUUGGAGCGGAAGAAAGGUCAACCGAUUAUUAAGACCUGCAACUUAAAACGAUUAAUUCAUCUGUAACCCGUGAACUUGACCCUAAUUCAACACCAACCCCAAUCCCUGGGACACCAACACCACAUCUAUGUAGUGAAUGUCUCCAACAAUCAUGUUCCUGUUUUUUACUGAAUGAUGUCACACUUGUUUUAAGCUUAUACUGAACCAUGACCAGAAGUAAAGGCUGAAAAUAGCUGAGAAUACAACAGUCAUCAUGUUGAAGAGGAAAUUUGAUGCCAGCCUAGGAGAGGGAACCACUCCUUGUAAUGGCCAUUCAGAGAGUGAUGAUAGCAACUGUAGUGCUGGUAGUACAGACGCGCUGGCUCCUGAAGUUGCUUCUGGACCUUCUGCACCAAAACGCAUGAAGAAAAAAGUCAACUUUAAAGGAGUAACUGUUUAUUAUUUCCCUCGCAGACAAGGUUUUACAUGUGUACCUAGUGAAGGUGGAUCUACAUUAGGCAUGUCAGAGCGCCACAGUUUCACAAGAGAUUUCAGCCUGUCUGACUACACCAAAGAGCAGAAGAGAAUCCACCGAGCUAUACUGGCUGAACAGAGGCGUCAGGGUAAAAUGUUCCCAUCUCCUCUGUUAGCCUCCAGUGGUCCCAGUCAGGAUGAGGACAUCUCAUCAGCCAGUGAGAGUGACAGUGAGUAUGAUGACUACUACUUCCUGCAACCUCUUCCCAUUCGCCAACGCCGCGUCCUACUGCGUACGGCUGGUGUCAAGAAAAUUGACAAUGAAGAGAAAGACGAGUGUCGAGACAUUCGCGUGUCCCGCAAUAUCUGUGGCUGUGACUGUAAAAUGUUGUGUGAGCCAGCGACCUGCUCCUGCAGCCUGGCUGGCAUCCAGUGUCAGGUGGACAGGCUGUCCUUUCCCUGUGGCUGCACCAAGGAUGGCUGUGGCAACCCUGCAGGCAGGAUUGAGUUCAACCCCAUCAGGGUCAGGACGCACUUCAUCCACACCCUGAUGCGGCUGGAGCUGGAGCGCUCCCAGUGCCCAGACAGCGCAGCCACCCAGUCAGCCAACAUAGAGAUUGAUGUCGUGGGGGCCAACUGUGAGGAAGGGGAGCUGACGGACAACUCUGCAGACAGCUGCAGUGGAGCCAGCACUGGGGGGCAGCUGGUCCUCAAGAGCCGUCUCAAGGCUAAGAAGGUGGAGUCUAUUGACCUCAACAUGUUUAACAGUAAUGAGAGGGGGAGCUGUCGGGACUGUCAGAACACUGACAUGUGCAAUGUCAUGAUGCAUGACGUCAAGUUUUCUAUGGUGAGCCAGCAGCGCCAGCAACAGCAGCGAGCCAUGAGCGCUGUCUUGAGCAGCCAGUCCAGCUACCAGGGCUCCAGCCACCACCUGAGUCUGCUACCCCAGCCCAGCCAGCACAUGCUGCUCUUCCAUGAUGGGGAGGAGGAGGUCUACCAGGCAGAGAACACCACCUCCAUGUACUUUGACCAUGACGACAGCUCCUACUCUGAGAUGAGUGAUGUCUCCCCCGAUGGUGCUCGCCCAUUUGCCAACCUGUCUGGGCCAGGCAGUUUCAGCCUCAAGUUUCACAUGACACCGACCUCAUUGUUGGGUCACAGCACGCCCAGCUGUGUCCAGUCACUGGGUCACAGCACACCCAGCUGUGUCCAGUCACUGGGUCACAGCACACCCAGCUGUGUCCAGUCACUGGGUCACAGCACACCCAGCUGUGUCCAGUCACUGGGUCACAGCACGCCCAGCUGUGUCCAGUCACUGGGUCACAGCACACCCAGCUGUGUCCAGUCACUGGGUCACAGCACACCCAGCUGUGUCCAGUCACUGGGUCACAGCACACCCAGCUGUGUCCAGUCACUGGGUCACAGCACGCCCAGCUGUGUCCAGUCCUUGGAGAGCCAGCAGCAAGGCCUGAGAACUCCAUACAUGCCUUCUGUGGCCUCUGUAGACAUGUCUGAGAGACUGGCACCACACUUCCCCAUGCAGUCGUCUACCUACAAACCUGAGUCUCUUUUAGCCCUAACCUUCAACUCAGACCCAGCCGCAGGUUCUGACUUCAUGCACCCAACUGGUCAUGUGACCAACAAUUCAGAUCAUAUCCCAGCCGCAGGUUCUGACUUCAUGCACCCAACUGGUCAUGUGACCAACAGUUCAGAUCAUAUCCCAGCCGCAGGUUCUGACUUCUUGCACCCAACUGGUCAUGUGACCAACAGUUCAGAUCAUAUCCCAGCCGCAGGUUCUGACUUCUUGCACCCAACUGGUCAUGUGACCAACAAUUCAGAUCAUAUCCCAGCCGCAGGUUCUGACUUCAUGCACCCAACUGGUCAUGUGACCAACAGUUCAGAUCAUAUCCCAGCCGCAGGUUCUGACUUCAUGCACCCAACUGGUCAUGUGACCAACAAUUUAGAUCAUAUCCCAGCCGCAGGUUCUGACUUCAUGCACCCAACUGGUCAUGUGACCAACAAUUUAGAUCAUAUCCCAGCCGCAGGUUCUGACUUCAUGCACCCAACUGGUCAUGUGACCAACAAUUUAGAUCAUAUCCCAGCCGCAGGUUCUGACUUCUUGCACCCAACUGGUCAUGUGACCAACAAUUCAGAUCAUAUCCCAGCCGCAGGUUCUGACUUCAUGCACCCAACUGGUCAUGUGACCAACAGUACGAUGACAGCCAGCACCCCCCUUCUCUCAGCAGUAACCAGAUGUUUUGGGUUAGAUGCCCCUGCCACACAGGAAGCUGGUCUGGCUGCCUCCAGCUUGUAUGCUGCCAGCACAACUACCUACGCAACCAUGACCAGCACAACUCGUGACCUGCUAGCUGCCCACUGCCCUAGCAUUUCCUCUCAUAUGGACACCAAACUGGGCUUGUCCACUGAUGUCAAAACUGAAGUUCAGCUUUAUGCUACUCAACAGGACACUACCCCAGCAAGUUACCAGCUAACUGAACCGGCUGCCCCAGCCAGUUACCAGCUAACUGAACCGGCUGCCCCAGUGAAUUACCAGCUAACUGAACCGGUUGCCCCAGCCAGUUACCAGUCAACUGAACCGGCUGCCCCAGUGAAUUACCAGCUAACUGAACCGGUUGCCCCAGCCAGUUACCAGUCAACUGAACCGGUUGCCCCAGCCAGUUACCAGUCAACUGAACCGGCUGCCCCAGCCAGUUACCAGUCAACUGAACCGGCUGCCCCAGCCAGUUACCAAUCAACUGAACCGGUUGCCCCAGCCAGUUACCAGUUGACUGAACCGGUUGCCCCAGCCAGUUACCAGUUGACUGAACCGGCUGCCCCAGCCAGUUACCAGUCAACUGAACCGGUUGCCCCAGCCAGUUACCAGUCAACUGAACCGGUUGCCCCAGCCAGUUACCAGCCUAAUGAGCCAGCCAUUAGCUCAGGAACAUUGGAGACCUGUGACUGGACUCUGAAUGGGACAAAAUCUACCCCAUUACCUGAACACGAGGAACUGUCAAUCAUUGACAGUAGGGCUCCAGAAGUGACAUCUUCUACAUCAACAUCUUCCUCUUCAUCACCAACUUCAGAAGAGAAGGAAGGGAUUGGUCAGCAGUAUUCUGACUUGAUGAAAGAAAAUUUGUUGGAGAUGGUCUUAGUUUAAGGUCAGCCCAAAAAGUUGAGUGGGACAGACAUCUUCUUGGCAGAUGGUGAGGAAACCUGUGUCUGCCCAGUUUCUGGAGUCAGUUUGAUGCAACAAAAGAGAGUUUUGUAACUGGCAUGAACUUGGAGACUGCUCUGUUGUGUAGCCUCUUGUCUUUGGUGCAAUAUUUUUCCUGUCGGUAUCUGGUCACAAUGUCAGCCUGGUGAACCAGUGGAUAACCAGCGCUUGAACACAAUCAAACAUUUUUAACCUUUGAUACACAGUUUUACCUGAGAACUGACUUGUAGCCAGGGCAAGCUAUGGAUGUUUUUUUUUAUUUGCUACCCAUGAUUUUUGAUGGCAUGUCAGAUAUUUGAUGGGCCUCUACACAUUUUUACCAGAUCUGAGUAUUGUUUGCAUGAUACAUUUCUUGUCUAGAUCAUUGAUCACUGUCCUUGAUGAUCAUGGGUGCCACAUCUUCUGCAGUGCUAGGACUAGCUCAGUCUCCUGCCAUACAAAGUUUGCUUCUACACUUGUAGGAUUAGAUCUAUACAAGCAUUGAGGAAGACUUUCUCUCUUCUACAGUACAGCAAUACAGCCAAUUUAGUCAGUCAUACAUCCAGUUAAGUUAGACACAUAACCAAUUUAGCCAGCCACAGAACCAAUUUAGCCAGCCACAGAACCAAUUUAGCUAACCACACUACCAGUUUAGCUAACCUAACUACCAAUUUAGCUAACCACACAAGCAAGUGAGCUAGCCUUUGAAUGAUGAAGAUCCCACCUUUGCUGUUGUCAACUUGAAUGUUGUAGCUUUUACAUUGAUGUCUUGCUGUCCUGGCCACAUAGGUGCUUGCCACAUAGACAUUGGAGCGCUAGAUGUGGCCCUGAAGAAAACUAGUGCUUGUGUCAUCACCUGUGUGGCCCUGGCAGUCAACUACUUACUAGAUAGUCUUUUAGAGUAACUGAUGUCAUUGAGAACUACUAGAUCUGAUGCUGUUGUACCGUGGCUGUUCUUAUGACUGGUCUGUUGAAUCUUGUCUAAAUAACCUGCCGAUGUGGAAGGACUGAAUAGGACACUUUUCAACAUUUAUUUGCUAGCUUUUGAAUAUUUGAUCUCUGUAUUCUGAUUUCCUUCAACUGAAAUUGUAAGAAAGUUUUUUUUUUUUUAGUUCCGGACUGCACCAUCCUACAUGUAAAUAUAGUCAAUAAUUUAUUGGUCUCAUCCGUUUUAUGUGUGUACAGCUAUGGUCUUUUUUGUAAAGUACACUCAGGCUUUUAUUGUUGUACUCUACACUUUGGGCCAUUGUUGUAUGCUACACUUUGGGCCAUUGUUGUACGCUACACUUUGGGCCAUUGUUGUACGCUACACUUUGGGCCAUUGCUGUACGCUACACUUUGGGCCAUUGUUGUACGCUACACUUUGGGUCAUUGUUGUAUGCUACACUUUGGGCCAUUGUUGUAUGCUACACUUUGGGCCAUUGUUGUACGCUACACUUUGGGCCAUUGUUGUAUGCUACAAUUUGGGCCAUUUUUGUAUGCUACACUUUGGGCCAUUGUUGUAUGCUACACUUUGGGCCAUUGUUGUAUGCUACACUUUGGGCCAUUGUUGUACGCUACACUUUGGGCCAUUGUUGUAUGCUACACUUUGGUCCAUUGUUGUACGCUACACUUUGGGCCAUUGUUGUACGCUACACUUUGGGCCAUUGUUGUACGCUACACUUUGGGCCAUUGUUGUACGCUACACUUUGGGCCAUUGUUGUAUGCUACACUUUGGGCCAUUGUUGUAUGCUACACUUUGGGCCAUUGUUGUACGCUACACUUUGGGCCAUUGUUGUAUGCUACACUUUGGGCCAUUGUUGUAUGCUACACUUUGGGCCAUUGUUGUAUGCUACACUUUGGGCCAUUGUUGUACGCUACACUUUGGGCCAUUGUUGUACGCUACACUUUGGGCCAUUGUUGUAUCUAGCACUGCGUUAUUUUUUGUUUCAAUCUGUGAUAUUUUGACUUGCACAAGACCGCCAACCUAGUCAAAUGGAGUAGGUCACUCACGAGAGAUCUGGAGUAGGUCACUCACGAGAGAUCUGGAGUAGGUCACUCACGAGAGAUCUGGAGUAGGUCACUCACGACAGAUCUGUCCUGUGCAGGUCAACUUUUGUGUACAAUUUUUUUUCUAUGCGGACAAAUCUUUUUGGAAGACCGGAAUUUUUUUCUUGCCAUUUUGUACUAAGAUCUGUGUUUUUGGUUGUAAAACGAUCUAUGCCAUGUGAGAUCUGCCAUAUGCCAUGUCAGAUCUGUCAUAUGCCAUGUCAGAUCUGUCAUAUGUCAUGUCAGAUCUGUCAUAUGCCAUGUGAGAUCUGCCAUAUGCCAAGUGAGAUCUUAGCAUUGAACGAAUGUGAGAGCUGGGUUGACUCUGGUAGCCUGGAAUAAUUGGCCGGCUUGUAUGUCCACCACUGUGCUGAUAGUGAAUGACAGGAUCAGGGUUUGGACUGAAUGAUCAAAAUCUCUCUAUACAUAUAUUCAUUAUUAGCUGUUUCUGUUGUGACUUUUGUGAAAUCUAGAAAAUAUGGCAUUAAAAAAAGC